UUGAGUGGAGUCGGAUGGGGCGGCGGAGUGUGAAAGGGGCGUUCAGUGUGAGUCGACGGCGUCCAGCUCAAUCAUCGCUGAUUGAGAUGCUUUUCGUGAUGGCUGUAGGCGAUGUGUCUGCCGCUCCUGAACAUAAGUUCAAUGCAGUCUCACCUUGGCAUCGCUGCCCAAGAGGACGACGAAGAGGCGUUCGAAUACGCGUUUGGACUGGCUCCCCGCUCACGAAGUGUGGAAUACACCAAGAGUCCCAAAGAGCGCGUGACAAUGUACGAAGAGGUGGAGGUAGGAUAUGCUCGGGGUGCUGCGUGUUGCGUUGGUGUGUUGUCGUCCCUCACGCCUUCCUCCAUCCUAGGAUGUAGACCCUUCGCACCUUCUUCUGACCUGGUGGGUAGCAGCCUCGCGCCUUCCUCGCAGAAUCCCACAGUGCUAUUGCGAGGUUGGGCGCUUACAUGCUGUGGAGACCUAACUCACUCAAACGUGCUCAACCGAUCCUAUAUAGUCAGUCGGCGCAUUCGUUGCACUCUACCCAAAGGUUUAUUCCCCAGCUCCCCUCCAGUCGUCCAUCGCUCUCACCAGCGGGCUGCCAGUUGUCUUGUGACGUCGGCAUGUUGUGCGUCUUUCCCUGCAUUUGCGAUGCAUCUUUCAACGCCACCCGGUGUAGCUGUGGCUCGCGGCGGCUGACCGACAUCCCGGGUGCUACAACAUCAGCCCCGCUCUGCGCAGUCGUUGAUGUGUUCCCAGGCCAGCAUCUAGUACCCGGCAGACAAAGCAGCG